UCUGUGCUGAAAAUCAUAGAAUUGAUAACAUUUUUAAAUUUGUUAACAAAAAAUACAGAUGAAAAGUUUAUUAUUAAUUUCUAUAUCCAUAAUGAGAUUUUUCAGAUACUUUCAAUCAACAUAAUUUGAACAUGUCAGGUUAUCGUAACCCAUAUACCGUCGAAGAAGAACGAAAAAUCUUACAUUACAUUAUUCGAAAAAAUGCUUUUUAUAGAUUGAGGGGUCUUGAAUUUUGGAAAGAAGUGUGUAAAGAUAUACUUCCAAAUCGAACUUAUCAGUCGUUGCAUGAAAGGUUUAGGAAGUAUAUAAUAAAUAAUAUUCAAAACUCUGGCUAUGAUUUAUCCCUUGAGGAACAGAUCAAAAUAAAAACAAUAUAUGGGGAUUUAGCAAGAAAAAAAAAACCUGAAACUAAAACUACUAAAACCUAUGCACCACUUAUAAGACAAGAUGGUCCCAGCAAUUUAGCCAAAGAUUUCAUUGAACUCUCUGAUUCCGAUGAUAGUAUUGAAGUUGUAUCUCAAAAAAAAUCAGCAGAAACAUCUAGAACAAAAUCAAUUGGAAAUGCUUCUGCUACAGCCAAAGUAACAACGAGAAAGAAAAUACAAAAUAGUGGAGAAGGAGAAAAUGAUGUGAACCCUUUCACUUGUACUAGAUUACAAAGUGUUCCUAUUAUUGAAGACGAUUCACCUGAAUCUUCUGAUUCAGAAAUAUUCUCUUUAAAGGAGUGCCAUUGGGAAGACACCCAGGAAAUUGAGAAUGUCCUUAAUUAAUCAGAAAUUAGAAAAAUCCUAGAUUUGGUAUGAGUUUCAUUGAUAUGAACUAAAAAGGGUAAUAAUUUAGAAGUGUAAAUAUAAGUCACCAGCAGUUUGUCUUUUGAUUCAUUCUUGAUACAAACUUAUUUUACAUAUUAACUUUUAAUAUACAAAGAACAUCUUUUGAAGUGGAAAUAUAAUACAUGUAUUUUUU